AUGCUGACAUUAUUGCUCAUAGUUAGCGCUCUCACUAUUGCUACUAUUCAAGGAGAAUCGAUAACAUCGUUUGAAGCUGGAACAGGAUUUAGUUCAUGUGUAGGAUAUUGUUAUCAAUCUGUUUAUAUUAAUGCAUCGAUGGUUAUAACUGGAAAAUCAAGUAAAACUAAUCUUACUGAUUAUCCUGAAAUUCAUGAAGCCUAUCCAUUUGCAUCAUCACAAUUUAAUGAACUUGUUGAACUUGUUGGAAGUAUUCAAAGAUGGAAAAAAGUUGAUACACCAAUAGGUUGCCCAGAUUGUUAUAAUCAAGGUGCAGAAUGGAUAUAUAUUGAUACCGAGGACCAAUCCAUAUAUGGCGUUCAAUUCGAAGCUAACUCAACAAUAGUUGGUUUCGAAACAUUGGUUGAGAGUCUUCGAGCUCUUCGUCAAACUUUUAUUCAUUAA